AGCGGUUUGUUUAUUGUACGGCCAUCGCUCAACAAGCUUUUGGAGGAAGUUCACUUCUUUUGAGUAAAGAUUGGAAAAAUAUAGUCCUAUCUGAACAAACCAAAACGUAGCCAUACGGCCAAACGGACCAGCGAUUUCCCUUCUACCAUCAGGGAAUCGCACAGCUUUUUCCAACUCUUAAAAUGGAAUUGGAAGCUAUGGAAGCCAGGAGGGCAGGAGUAGGUCAUCCUGCUGCUGCUGCAAGUGGCACUUCUCCCCCAAAUCCAGACCCGUUUCAUCGAAAAUCUGUCCGCAAACAGCCGAAGGCACCUCAAAAGAAGCAAGGAUCGUCAAGGUUUCGGGCUAAAGUCAAUGUAGAAAUUCAGCAACUUAGUUUACUCAAAGAUUCGCCGCCCGCCGAGCAGCAGGAGUUGUUCGUGAAGAAACUACAGCAAUGUGCCAUAGGUUUCGAUUUUAUGGAUCCAGUCGCUGAACUGAAGGGUAAAGAAAUAAAACGAGCUACUCUAAAUGAACUAGUAGACUUUAUCACGUCUGGAAGAGGGAUUUUGACAGAGGCUAUUUACCCCGAAGUCGUCAAAAUGGUGGCAUCCAAUAUAUUUCGCACCCUACCCCCAUCAGACAAUCCAGAUUUUGAUCCAGAGGAGGAUGACCCUACUUUAGAAGCAUCAUGGCCUCAUCUACAGCUAGUUUAUGAGUUCUUUUUGAGGUUUCUUGAAUCACCAGAGUUCCAGCCCAGUAUCGCUAAGAAGUUUAUCGAUCAAAAGUUUGUACUGCAGCUUCUUGAACUUUUUGAUAGUGAAGACCCUCGGGAGAGAGAUUUUCUCAAGACAGUUCUCCAUAGAAUAUAUGGAAAGUUUCUGGGACUUAGAGCGUACAUUAGAAAACAAAUUAAUAACAUUUUCCUGAAAUUCAUUUUUGAAACAGAGCACUUCAAUGGAGUGGGAGAGUUGCUAGAAAUCCUAGGAAGCAUAAUAAAUGGUUUUGCCCUUCCACUAAAAGCUGAGCACAAGAUGUUCUUACAAAAAGUCCUUAUUCCUCUUCACAAAGUCAAAUGUUUAGGCUUAUAUCAUGCACAGCUUGCAUACUGCAUUGUACAGUUCUUGGAGAAAGAUGCCACACUUACAGAACAGGUUGUUCUAGGUUUGUUGAAAUUUUGGCCCAAGACAAGUAGUCAAAAAGAGGUUAUGUUUUUAGGAGAGAUAGAAGAAAUCCUGGAUGUUAUAGACCCACAACAGUUUCAAAAAAUCGAAGAACCACUUUUCAAACAAAUAUCAAGAUGUGUCUCUAGUCCACACUUCCAGGUUGCUGAACGUGCGCUGUACUUCUGGAACAACGAGUACAUAAUGAGCUUAAUCGAAGAAAACUCCAACACUAUCCUUCCUAUUAUGUUCUCGAGUUUAUAUCGGAUUUCAAAGGAUCAUUGGAAUCAGACCAUUGUUGCUCUAGUGUACAACGUCCUGAAAACAUUCAUGGAAAUGAACGGGAAAUUGUUUGACGAGCUGACAUCCUCAUACAAAGCAGAUAGACAAAAGGAAAAGAAGAAAGAAAAAGAGAGGGAAGAACUGUGGAAACAACUGGAUAAACUUGAGUUGGAGAGAAGAAAAAAGCUAGGCCUACCACCAUCAGGCUCGCUUAAACCUAACAACAGCUCUGCAGGAAACCCCUCCUCCACCCCUUCUGAUAAAAAUAAGUCAACUCCAACACCAGCAUCCAGUGGGGGAACCAAAAACAUUAAAAGUUGAAAUUUACUUCAUAGUGUAUCUAUCUAAUGAUCAUCACUGUAAUUUGAUUAUACUCAACAGCAAUUUGGCUUUAGGAGAGUUAUUAAUUCUCACCUUUUUAAUUUUUCAGUACGAAAAAGUCUUUGUGGUGCCUCUAAAGGGGGCAAAGAAGACAAACACACUUGAAACAUAGUCAAUAAUAAAGAAUUGCCAGCCCCAUUAAUGAUAGUAAUUUAAGAGGCUCUUGUGCUCCAGUGUGUGUUUGUCAGGACUCAGAUGGACUGCUAGCUAGCUGUUCACUAACAGGGAAUACACAUCAGAACAUUGAUUACUGCUUCUGAAAUGUAUUCUACUCUAUUUCUUAAGAUGGAAUGUAUAAGUUACGUGUACAGAAAGUAUGUGCCAAAACAACCACAAUAAACUUCAAAACUAUGA